GGAAAAACCGAAAAAAUUAAAACCGCGCGAGCCAAGCAACUCGAGCAGAAAAGCGGAGAGAAGAGGAGGAAGCUGUGGGCAUCAAACCCUAGAUAAUGGCGGAGAAAUUGGCCCCUGAAAAGCGUCACAGUUUCGUCCACAACGGUAACAAGGUGUUUGAGUGGGAUCAAACUCUAGAUGAGGUGAAUAUGUACAUAAACCUACCUCCUAAUGUUAGUACGAAGCAAUUCUAUUGCAAAAUUCAGUCGAAGCACGUCGAAGUUGGCAUCAAAGGCAAUUCUCCAUAUCUCAAUCACGAGCUCAAUUGCCCGGUGAAGACAGAUUCUUCUUUCUGGACAAUAGAGGAUGACAUAAUGCACAUAACACUGCAAAAGAGAGAUAAAGGUCAGACAUGGGCUUCUCCAAUAUUAGGUCAGGGUCAGCUGGAUCCUUACUCUACUGAUCUUGAACAGAAGCGUCUCAUGCUUCAGAGAUUUCAAGAAGAGAAUCCGGGUUUUGACUUCUCACAAGCUCAGUUUACUGGAAACUGCCCUGAUCCGAGGACCUUCAUGGGUGGAAUACGAUCUGGUUGAUGCUCUUCGCUGCAUUAAUUAUGGUAAUUCCAUUUGUCUUUACCCGUUCAGACUCAUAUUGGCUUAAUGCAUACUUUCUAAUGAAUGACAGAACAUCAGCAUUAUACUUGGAUGGCCAGUGUGUACCCCUAACCAUUUGAAACUUUUAAGUAAAUGUUGUAUAAAAGUUAAAUGAAGAUAAUCGUGAGCGAACUAAAAAUUAUUAUCGGACA